AGUAAACAGGUAGGGAGUAAAGGUGAAAGUCCAGUCUAUUCAGACUCCAUUUUAAAGUCAACAGAGCAGAAGGAGGAAAACAGUCUGAGGCAGGUGUUACUGGUUUACCUCUCAGAUUCCAGAAGAUGAAUGAUUCGGAGGAAGAGGAGGACGGAGCAGAGUCUCUGAUAUCCAGCUGUCUGUCUAUGAAGAGUGACCGGUCUAAAGGUGAUCCUCCAGACUUCAGUAAUGAACCUGGACCCUCAGACACAAAAGAGAGGAAGAGGAGGGGUGUUUCUGUGGAGGAGCAGCUGUCCUGCUGUUCUUUGUGUCAGGACGUCCUGAAGGAUCCAGUCUCUACUAGCUGUGGACACUGGUUCUGCAGACAGUGCAUCACCUCAUACUGGGACCAGUCUGCUCUAUCAGGAGACUCCUCCUGUCCCCAGUGUGCAGAAAGAUCCAGAACAAGACCUGGACUGCAGACAGACACAGAAAGUGGUCUGCAGGAGGUUUUAGAUGAACAUAAGAUCAGUCUGAGGAGGAGAUGUGAAUGUGUGACUGAAGGAACUGAUGAAGCAGGAAGUGAAACCCUCCUCAACAGGAUCUACACUGAGCUCUACAUCACAGAGGGACAGAGUGAAGACGUUAAUACCCAACAUGAGGUGCGGCAGCUUGAAGCAGCUUCCAAGAUGGAGACCCUCCAUGACACUCCAAUCAGGUGUCACGACAUCUUUAAAGUCUUACCUGACCAACAGAAAGACAUCAGAGUCGUUCUGACCAACGGCGUCGCUGGCGUUGGAAAAACCUUCUCAGUGCAGAAGUUCACUCUGGACUGGGCAGAGGGCUCGGAAAACCAAGAUGUCAGUCUGGUGAUUCUGCUUUCGUUCAGGGAGCUGAACUUGAUCAAAGAUGAGCAGUACAGUCUCCUCAUGCUGAUCCAUGAUUUCCAUCCAACAUUACAGAAGGUCACAGCAGAGAAGCUUGCUGUCUGGAAAGUUUUGUUCAUAUUUGACGGCCUGGAUGAAAGCAGACUUUCACUGGAUUUCAACAACAUGAAGGUCGUGUCUGAUGUCACACAGAAGUCAUCAGUCAACGUGCUGUUGACGAACCUCAUCGAGGGGAAGCUGCUUCCCUCGGCUCUGGUCUGGAUAACUUCCCGACCUGCAGCAGCCAAUCAGAUCCCUCCUACAUGUGUUGACAGGGUAACAGAAGUACGAGGCUUCACUGACGCCCAGAAGGAGGAGUACUUCAGGAAGAGAUUCAGUGAUGAAGAGCUGUCCAGCAGAAUCAUCUCACACAUCAAGACAUCCAGGAGCCUCCACAUCAUGUGUCUCAUCCCAGUCUUCUGCUGGAUCACUGCUACAGUUCUGGAGCACAUGUUGACUACAGACCAGAGAGGAGAACUGCCCAAGACCCUGACUGACAUGUACUCACACUUCCUGCUGGUUCAGACAAAGAAGAGGAAGCAGAAGUAUGAAGGUCAUGAGACGAGUCCACAGGAGUUGACAGAGGCCGACAGGGGACUUCUUCUGAAGCUGGGGAGGCUGGCGUUUGAACAUCUGGAGAAAGGAAACAUCAUGUUCUACCAAGAAGACCUGGAGCAGUGUGGUCUUGAUGUCACAGAGGCCUUGGUGUUAUCAGGAGUUUGUACAGAGAUCUUCAAAAGAGAGAGUGUGAUCUUCCAGAAAACAGUCUACUGCUUUGUUCAUCUGAGCGUUCAGGAGUUUCUGGCUGCAGUCUACAUGUACCACUGUUACACCAGCAGGAAGACAAAGGUACUUGAGAGCUUCCUGGGUAAAGAACACAGUUACUCAUCCCUGGAUGACUUCCUGAAGAGAGCCAUGGAGAAAUCUCUCAGAAGCAAAAAUGGCCACCUGGACCUGUUUGUGCGCUUCCUUCAUGGCCUCUCGCUGGAGUCCAACCAGAGUCUCUUAGGAGGCCUGCUGGGUCAGACAGAGAACAGUCCAGAAAUCUUCCAGAGAGCCAACAACAACCUGAAGGAGAUGAAUACCCAAAGAAUCUCUCCUGACAGAAGCAUCAACAUCUUCCACUGUCUGAUGGAGAUGAACGACCGCUCAGUACAUCAGGAGAUCCAAGAGUUCCUGAAGUCAGAGAACAGAUCAGAGAAGGAACUCUCUGUGAUCCACUGCUCAGCUCUGGCCUACAUGCUGCAGAUGUCAGAGAAGGUUCUGGAUGAGUUGGACCUGAAGAAGUAUAAAACAUCAGAGGAGGGAAGAAAGAGAAUGAUUCCAGCUGUGAGGAACUGCAGAAAGGCUCAACUUGUUCAAUGUGGACUUUCAGUGACUCACUGUGACGUUGUGGCUUCAGCUCUGAAGUCCAACCCCUCCCAUCUCAGAGAGCUGGACCUGAGUGAGAACAGGCUGUCUGUCUCAGCAGUGAAGCAUCUAUGUGCUGGACUGGAGAGUCCAAACUGUAGACUGGAGACUCUGAGACUUCUUCAUUGUGGACUCUCAGAGACUCACUGUGAAAUUGUGGCUUCAGCUCUGAAGUCCAACCCCUCCCAUCUCAGAGAGCUGAAUCUGAGCUUGAACAGUCUGUCUGUCUCAGCAGUGAAGCAUCUGUCUUCUGGACUGGAGAGUCCAAACUGUAGACUGGAGACUCUGAGACUGUGUAGCUGUGGAUUCUCAGUACCUCAAUGUGAAGUUGUGGCUUCAGCUCUGAAAUCCAACCCCUCCCAUCUCAGAGAGCUGGACCUAAGUGGAAACAGGCUGUCUGUCCCAGCAGUGAAGCAUCUGUCUGGUGGACUGGAGAGUCCAAAGUGUAGGCUGGAGACUCUAAGAUUGAGGGGCUGCAGUUUAUCAGAGAUCAACUGUGAUUCUCUGGCCUCAGCUCUGAAGUCCAACCCCUCAUCCCAUCUGAGAGAGCUGGAUCUGACAGGAAACCACAACCUGCAGAGUUCACACAUGAAGCUGCUGUCUGAUCUUCAGGAGAGUCCAGACUGUAGACUGGAGACUCUGAUACUUGCUGAUUGUGGACUCUCAGAGACUCACUGUGAAGUUGUAGCUUCAGCUCUGAAAUCCAACCCCUCCCAUCUCAGAGAGCUGAAUCUGAGCGAGAACAGGCUGUCUGUCUCAGCAGUGGAGCAUCUGUCUGCUGGACGGGAGAGUCCAAACUGUAGACUGGAGACUCUGAGACUUGCUGAUUGUGGACUCUCAGAGACUCACUGUGAAGUUGUGGCUUCAGCUCUGAAGUCCAACCCCUCCCACCUCAGAGAGCUGGACCUGGGCCGGAACAGUCUGUCUGACUCAGCAGUGAAGCAUCUGUCUGCUGGACUGGAGAGUCCAAACUGUAGACUGGAGACUCUGAGAUUGAGUCGCUGCGGUUUGUCAGAGAUCAGCUGUGCUUCUCUGGUCUCAGCUCUGAAGUCCAACCCCUCCCAUCUGAAAGAGCUGGAUCUGGGAGGAAACGAAAACAAGCAGGUUUCAGGAUUGAAUCUGCUGUGUGAUUUUCUGGAGAGUCCACACUGUAGACUGGAGACUCUGAGAUUGUGGGACUGCAGUUUGUCAAAGAUCAGCUGUGAUUCUCUGGCCUCAGCUCUGAAGUCCAACCCCUCAUCCCAUCUGAGAGAGCUGCAUCUGAGAGAGCUGGAUCCGUGGGAAUACUUCACUCUGUCGAGUUCAGAUGUGAAGCAGCUGUCUGAUCUUCAGGAGAGUCCAGACUGUAGACUGGAGACUCUGAGAUGGUGAUGAUCUCUGUCAGAGUGUGAGUGAACAUCCAGG